AUGUCUGUGAUUCUCUGUACCGCCGGCUAUGACCACACAAUAAGGUUCUGGGAGGCCCUGUCAGGCAUCUGCUCUCGAACGAUCCAACACCCAGACUCGCAGGUCAACCGCCUCUGCAUCUCCCCCGACAAGCGCUUCCUCGCCGCCGCAGGCCAUCACACCGUCAAGCUCUUCGAUAUCAAGUCGACUAAUCCGAAUCCGCUUUUAACCUUCGAGGGCCACACGGGAAAUAUCACCGGCGUGGCAUUCCACUGCGAGGGCAAAUGGAUGGUUACAAGCUCCGAGGACGGGACCGUCAAGAUCUGGGAGACGCGCAGCGGCAGCAUACAACGAAGUUAUAAUCACGGCUGCCCAGCUAAUGAUGUAGUCAUUCACCCUAACCAGGGCGAGAUCAUCUCCUGCGACCGCGGCGGAAGCGUUCGAGUGUGGGAUCUGGCCGAGAACAACUGCUCACACCAGUUGAUCCCCGAGGAAGACGUCUCCGUCUCUAGCGUCACAGUAGCUAGCGACGGAACGCUCCUUUGCGCUGCAAAUAACAAUGGCAAUGUCUUUGUCUGGCAACUCCUUCAGACCUUUGAUCGAACUCAGCUCCUUCCCGUCACUCACUUCUCCGCGCACAAAGAAUACAUCACGCGAAUCCUUCUCUCCCCAGAUGUGAAGAAGCUCGCAACAUGCAGCGCAGAUCACACGGCCAAGAUCUGGGAGGUGGACAUCGAGCCGUCCAAGGUCGACACGGAGCCAAAGCCAUUCCCGCUCGAGGCCACCCUCACGGGCCACCAGCGGUGGGUAUGGGACUGUGCGUUCAGCGCCGACUCGGCGUAUCUUGUCACUGCGUGCUCGGAUCACUACGCACGGCUGUGGGAACUACAUAGCCAGCAGAUUAUCCGACAGUACAAUGGACACCAUAGGGGGGCGGUCUGUGUCGCGUUGAACGACUAUUCAGAGGCCAGGUAA